AUGGGGCCGGUGGGGACGGCGGCCGUGCGGGACCCCGGCGGCGCCGCGCUGCCCGGCGGCUUCUGGGCGGCCGUGCACGUGUGGCUGGAGAAGCCGCAGGUGGCCAACAGGAGACUGAGCGGCGCCGCUGUCCAGGCGGAGGGGACGGUGCCGCUCGGCGAGGGCGGGGAGAUAUCGCCCUCCAUCGUCACUGCGGGGGCAAACGGGGGCGACGGCGGGCAGGAGGGGCGAACGGCGGGGGCCGCGGAGCUGGGCCGGCUCUGGAGGGAGGUGCGGGGCCAGCUGGCUCUGCCGCCGCCCCUCGUGGCCUGGGGCGGGCCCGGCGGGCUCCGCGCCGUGCUGAGGACGCUGCUGCCCCGGGGCCGCCCCGCCGCGCCCCCGGCCCGGGAGCUGGCGGUGCAAGAUGUUCACAAUGGAACUGUGACCUUUCUGCCUUUGGAGGAAAACAGUGAAGGAAAAUACCUCGUUAAAAAGUGCAAUAUUUAUCAAAUUCAACUUAAACACAUAAAAGAUGAGGAAUGGUCUAUAUCUGUUGUAGCUCCAUUUCCAGAAGAUUGGUUUUCAGAUGGAAUUGUGUACCCCAAACUAGCGUGGCUUGGAAAUGAACUUUUGUUCAAACUGGCUAAAUGGUCUGUGGAGCAAAAACCUAGUGAGUUUAAAAGUACACUCUCCCUCAUUUCAGUAGCAAAAUACAGCAAGGUUUAUCAGGACCUCAAAGAAAAGUACAAAGAGAUGGUAAAGGUGUGGCCUGAAGUGACAGAUCCUGAGAAAUUUGUCUAUGAAGAUGUUGCCAUUGCCACUUACUUGCUGAUUCUUUGGGAAGAAGAGAGAAAAGAAAAAGGGCUGACCAAGAAGCAGUCAUUUGUAGAUCUUGGAUGUGGAAAUGGUUUGCUGGUUCAUAUUCUAAACAACGAAGGGCAUCCAGGAAAAGGAAUUGAUGUGAGGAGAAGAAAAAUAUGGGCCAUGUAUGGACCAGGGACGCAUUUAGAGGAAGCUACAAUCAUUCCAGGUGACAGUCACCUCUUUCCAGACACUGACUGGCUCAUAGGAAACCAUUCAGAUGAAUUAACACCGUGGAUACCUGUAAUUGCAGCUAGGUCUUCCUAUUCAUGUUGUUACUUCGUGCUGCCAUGCUGCUUCUUUGAUUUCCAUGGAAAAUACAGCCGAAGACAAUGCAAGAAAACUCAGUACAGAGAAUAUCUUGAUUUUGUUGCCCAAGUAGGAUUUGUGUGUGGCUUUCAUGUGGAAGAAGAUUGCCUUAGAAUUCCAUCAACAAAAAGGGUCAGUUUUGUAGGGAAAAGCAGGAGCUAUCCAGCUGCAGAACGUGCUCUGGUUGACGAGCAGAUAACGCAGUUCAUUAACGCUCGUCGCACCUGUGCUGGGGCCACGUGUGACAGAAGGCUUGGAUUUAACCACGAGCAUCACUCUGGUGGUCUGUGCAAAGAAGCAGGCUCAGAACCUCCUGAAGAUGAGACUGAGACAGCUGGUACAAUUUGGAUGCCUGGAUUUCAACCCAGAGAAAAAGUAGAACAAGUCAGAAAUUGUGCUUCCCUCCCUCGGGACUUUGUAGAUGAAGUGGUUCUCAAUGUGGCAAACUUGCUGUUAAAUGCAGCCCCCCAGAAAUCAUGUUCUGAUGAACAGGGUGGAAAUAUGAAUACCUGGAAUCAAGGAGAAAGCCUUUCUUUGAGAGAAGUGGCAGAACACUUGGAUAAAGAGGUUUUAAAAAAGCUGAAAAGUGAAUAUGGAGGCCUGCAGACACUACUCAAGAACAAUCAUCAAGUAUUUGAAGUUCUGAAUGGGAGAGUUCAUAUUCGUGACUGGAGGAAAGAGAAACCACCAAGUAAAACUAAACCUGAAGUGAAGCGGCGCCUUUCAGCUGAAGCAUUUAAAACACGCCUCUGUUGGUUUUUCAUUCAUCAUCCUGAUGGUUGUUCUUUACCUUCUGAAGCUUGCCCAUAUGCCCAUGGGACUGAGGAGCUAAGGCAGUCUCAGAUGAUUAAGAAGAAAAAACAUAUACAGUAAUAAAAUGUUGCAACUUCUGUUUAGAUUCAUGUACAUAAGAGAAUCUAUGAUUGACUUUGGGACUGCCUAGUGUGUGAACAUCUGUACAAUAUGGAGGGAUUUUCCUCAUUUCUGUGCAUCUUAUUUUGCAGUUGGUUUACAAGUUCUCCUGUAUUUCUAAUUCGUUAUUUUUUUAUUAACAGCUAAUAGGUAUACUAAAGUACAUAUAUAUUUUUGGAUAUACAGCUUGUCUAGCUUGCUUGAUCAUGUGGAGUUUCCCAAGAAAUUAAGUUUUUAAACUUUUCUACUUAUAUAAAUGCAAGCCCAGGGUUGUCCUGCUUGUCUCCCCCACUCACACAGUCAGACAAGGUUCCUUUACUCCCUGGCUUCCCGUGGCACAGGUCUCAAUCCUUAAAAUAAUUUAAACUUUGCGCAACAACAAAACAGCUCAAGCUGCUGCCUCUGAUGAGGGACUUUGUACAAAGGAACUCCUGGGUUUUUAUACCCUCACAGGCUCAGCACACAAAGUCUGGGGAUCCUCAGCUCCUGCCUCAUCUCUGAGUGUCCAAUGCCGCCACAGGUCCCCAGGCCCUUUCCUAUGUGAAGGGUGGCAUUUCUCAGCCUCUGGCCUGGGGCUCCCACCACUCAGAGCUCAACCUGCAGUUCACCCUGCAGCUGCUCACCUUGCUACCUGCACUGAAUGUGUUCCUCAACAGGAGGAUUUAUGGUUUCUUAUAAUUCAUAGUGGCUCUUGGGAGUCUUGGAAUCAGAAAUGGGAGAGAUUUCACUCUUUCGUGGCUUGAUAGCUUCCUUUCCAAAUUACUAUGCAGUAAUAAUAUAGAAUACCCUUCAUGGUCCUUUCCUUGCAUUUUAUUUUGAUUCAAAGUAAUUGGUUUGCAAGAAGAAUUUUCUGGGAAAUUACUGUGGAGGCCUUCAGAUGUAGGUGUAGGUUAUUAAGGGUUUGUAGGCCACACUAUCAUAGAUGCAUAGAAAGAGUUGUGUUGUAAGCAACCUUAAAGAUCAUCUACUCCCCUGCCAUGGGCAGAAACAUCUUUCACAGAUUCCUCAAAGCCUCAUCCAACCUGGCCUUUACUUAUUUUCAAAGUAAGGAGUAAAAGUAGAAAAUCUGUUUAAUAAUAUUAGGAUGAUGAGGUUUCUGUGUAUCAGAUAUCAAAGGAAUGCUUAGCACCUUGAGCAACUUUUAGCACCUUUGGUAGAAUAUGUUCUUUAAAAGGUUUAACUUUUAAAUGCACAUCCUAAGAAGAAUACUGAAGCUGAUGAAGGGUGUAGAGAAUAUGUCCUGUGAGGGACAACUCAGAAACUGAGGCUUGUUAGCCUGGUGAAAAAGAAGCUCAGAGAGCUCUUAUUAGACUCUACAGCCUGAAAGGAGGUUGUAGCCAGGUAGGGAUCAUACUCCCAAGUAACAAGUGACAGCUUGAAAGAAAAUUACUUCAAUUUGUGCCAGGGAAGGUUUAGAUUGGAGAUGAGGAAAAACCAAAGGACUUGUCAAGCAUUGCAACAGGCUGCCCAGGGAAAGGGUGGAAUCACUCUACCACACCUGGAGGUGUUUAAAAGACAUGUAGGUGUGGCAUUUAGGGACAGGGUGGUGAACUGACAGUGCUGAGUAAAUGCUUGGAGUCAAUGACCUUAGAGAUCUUUCCCAAUUCUAUGAUUCUAUCAACUUACCAGUGAACAUAAUUACUACUCAGUGGCAGUCAUUGAACUGGUGUCAUAGCUCAUACCUGUUAAGUACUUGUAAAGUUCAAUAAGUGCUGUACAAGUUGUGACAAGGACUUGUGUUCUGGCCCAGUUGGUACAUUGAUAGUGUGGAAACUCAUCUGAUCUACUGAGACAAGACUUUGAUUGCAAAAACCUACUGAAGAAAGGCAAGAUGAAGGUUACAGAAGAAAGUUGCUAAAGAAGAAAUGUGGAGGUGGGUGCAAUGACACAGAAAGUGAGUGCAGUGAGAUCUAGGGGUAGGAGUGAAUAAGCCAUGUGAGGACUCUGUAAGAGCUCAGGGAAUCUGGACAAGAAAGGAAGGAAACAAUUGAAUACAAAGCAGAGGAAAAAUGAAAAAUUACACCAUAAACACUUUUCAAAACAGUGCCAUGGACCCUAACUUCAAGCAGCAGGGUGCACUCCAUGGCAUGAAGAUGAAACAGGCUCCAAAUCUCUUGGCAGGAUAGGACCAAAGAACUGACUGAAGUGCUGUAUAUUAUCCUUUUUUCCUUUGCAUUUUUCUUCUGAUCUUGAAAGAAGCAGCACUUGCUAGAUCACAAUGACCCUGACAAUUGCAGCAGCAUCUUGCUGAUGGAUCAUGUACCACGUUAUCCAAUAUGCUGAGUACUACAGGUAGCUGUCCUACCACUGCCAGGAGCUGUGGUGGGCUCUGAGCCUUUCCCAUAGCUCUGGUUUGCAGUGAUGUGUUUGGUAUCACAUCCUCAGUUCAGCUCUUAUCAGUGCUGUGUUACAGACAGUACAGAAUUUGUGCCUUUCAGUAAAAAAAGAAGUGCCCUGAGGUGAAUUACCUAAAGGAGCACAUUGAAUGCUGUUCAGUGAAGGUUAUUGGACUAAGGGAAAGAAUAGAAUAACUCAGGGAAACUGCAACUGCCAUGAAACAGGGCAGCACAGAAAGGGAACACAACUGAUAGAGUAGUUACUGUUGUAAGAAUCAGAAAAGGUUUUUGUCUAUUGAGAGGGAAAGAGUUGAGAAAAGAGAGGAAAUUGUGUGAACUUGAGCGUAAUCAAAGGAUGAGGUUGCCUGAGUUAGCCUUUGUUUGGCUAUGUGCAGAGUAAGAAGAAUCUCAAGAUGCUUAUUUAUUGUGGUAAACAUACUGGUGUGUUUGUUGAGGAGGAGACCCCUGUAAAAUUAAGUUUAUGCUGUCUCCAGAUGGAGAUUGUUUCCAAAUGGUGCAAAAAGGAAAAACAGACUUUGAAUUAUUUUCCAGUCAUAGGUGUCUACCCUGAUAAUGCACCUUGGUGUAGGAUAUGUUUACUUGAAAGGGGAGAUUUCCUGAGCUUGCAUGUGGGGCCUUUUAGGUAGGCUUGGAGGUAGUCACGGUUAAGAAGCUGGAAAAAAGGUUGGCUUUGAGGCUUUUUUUCCUUCUUUACACUAAAAGAGGAAUGAAAUAUGUGCUUGACUCAUUGAAGUUGCAAAUACAUGCAUGAUAAGACUAGUGAAUUAGUUUUAAAACUACUAUUUUUAUUUGUGCAAUGCUAUGAGAACUAAAAUAGCUGCUGUUGCACACUGCCUCCUCUGCAUAGGCUUUGUUCCUGAACUCACCAGCAUUCAGCUCUGGUACAGAUGUGUGAGGGCUGUUGCCCUCCAUGUGUGGCAUCCUUGCAGGUGGAGAGCCAGCCAGCAAAUCUCCUGGAAUGACAGAAACUUCCCUGGCAUUUGCAGAAAUGGGAAGAGAACAUUUUUUGCAUCCAAAUGCCAACCGUAUAUAAUUCCACAGUUUUAUGUGAAAGUAACUGCUGAAAGCAUAAAGUGGCUCUGUUUUAUGUAAAUUCUCUAUCUUGUUCCUUCCUAUGUAAUCCACAGCCUUAAAAUGGCAUUAAUACAGCUUUGGCAAUGGAUGAAAUACUAUGUGGAGUAAGAAUCAGCUCAACUCUAUAAAAAAAUCUUGCUCCACAAGGAAUUCAAGCAUAAAGUUUCAAUUGUUCAUGCUGUCAUUAUACUCUUUUAGUUUUUUACCAUCACUACCCAUUAGUUAAUUCAGCUUUAUUUGAAGCCUAUUUUAUAGAGGCUAAAUACUUGCUGUGUAGAUAUCUCAUGUGGGUGAGAGUAUAAAGAGAAGUUAGAUGUCAGAUUGCAAUUAAGAAUUCUGGGAUUUAGAGAUUUUGUCUUUCCAUCUGUAGAUUAGCUGCAGUCCCAUUAAGGCUGAAGAAAUAUUCUAAAUUCAAUAACAAAGAAAUAUAUGUUUGCCUUUGCCCUUAAACAUCAGUAAAGGAUUGUAUUUAUUUGCUCAUCUCUAAUUGACAGCAAAUUCCAAGACUAUAUUGUUAUUUAUGGGAUAUAUAUGUACAGCCUCAGUAGAACAAUUGAUUUUUUAAUACACCUCAAACCAGAAAAUUUUCUCUGUGUGUAUUAUUUGGGUUGUCUCUUUACAAUAUUACUGUCAGUACUCAAAUUAUUAGCCCAGAUUUAGAACAAUUUCUGAGGAAGUCUUACAGCUUGCUGACAGUAAAUACAGGUUUCUAGCUAUGCUUUGUAAUAAAAUUCGGCUGCUU